UGGCGCAAGCGCCGAGUCCCCCGCAGCCCCGAAGCUACUAGGCAGCGGCAUGCGGCCCCAGCCUCCUGCCGCCCGGGCUCGGCCGCGGCCCGGGCCCCGAUCUUGGCCCCGGCGCCGUCUGCGAGGGGCACAGGGAGGACACUAACAGGUCCGGAGCUGAGCGGAAAAGAGCAAAGCACCCCAUGGCUCCGCCGCGCCCCGCGCUCCUGCGCCCCCGCUUCUGGCUGCUGCUGCUUCGGCUGCUGCUGCUGCUGCUGCUGCAGCUCGUUCUCGGAAGCGACCUAGGUCGCUCCACGGAGCUGGCAUUCACUGUGGAACCAAGUGAUGAGAUUGUUGUACCUGAGCAGUCGGUGGUGCUGGGCUGCCGAGCAGAAGGUACACCACCAGUUCGGGUCACCUGGAGGAAGAAUGGAGUGGAACUCCCAGAGAGUACCCAUGCUCUUGUGCUGGCCAAUGGUUCACUCCUCCUCCCCAACUUCCGGCCAGAUCGGGGAACUGGUCCUUCUGAUGAGGGAGACUAUGACUGUGUGGCCCAAAAUCGAUUUGGGUUGGUGGUCAGCCGAAAAGCCCGAAUCCAGGCUGCAACCAUGUCGGACUUUCAUGUGCACCCGCAGGCCACGGUAGGUGAGGAGGGUGGAGUGGCCAGGUUCCAGUGCCAGAUCCACGGGCUUCCCAAGCCCCUCAUCCUGUGGGAGAAGAACCAUAUCCCCAUUGACACAAGAAAUGACAGGUACACUCUGCUGCCUAAAGGCGUCCUGCAGAUCACAGGGCUUCGGGCUGAGGACAGUGGCAUCUUUCACUGCGUGGCCUCCAACAUUGCCAGUGUCCGAGUCAGCCGGGGAGCCAGCCUUACCGUGUCAGGCUCCGGCUCCAGUGCCUACAAGGAGCCCACGAUCCUCGUGGGGCCUGAGAACUUGACCCUGACUGUACACCAGACAGCUGUGUUGGAGUGCGUUGCCACAGGCAAUCCCCGUCCCAUCGUGUCUUGGAGCCGCCUUGAUGGCCGUCCCAUUGGAGUGGAGGGGAUUCAGGUCCUGGGGACAGGGAACCUCAUCAUCUCUGAUGUCACUGUCCAGCACUCCGGAGUCUAUGUCUGUGCUGCCAACAGGCCUGGCACAAGGGUACGACGUACGGCCCAGGGCCGGCUUGUAGUUCAAGCCCCUGCAGAGUUCAUCCAGCAUCCCCAGUCCAUCUCUCGGCCAGCUGGAACCACGGCAAUGUUUACCUGCCAGGCCCAGGGGGAGCCACCCCCCCAUGUCACAUGGCUGAAGAAUGGACAAGUCUUGGGCCCUGGAGGCCACGUUCGUCUCAGGAACAAUAACAGCACACUGACCAUUUCGGGGAUUGGCCCUGAAGACGAGGCCAUCUACCAGUGUGUGGCGGAGAACAGUGCUGGCUCCUCCCAGGCCAGUGCCCGGCUGACUGUGCUGUGGGCCGAGGGACUCCCAGGCCCUCCCCGGGAUGUACGUGCAGUCUCUGUGUCUGCCACCUCUGUCCGUGUGUCCUGGAGUGAGCCGCUGCUAAACACCAAGGAGAUCAUUGGCUACGUCCUGCACAUCAGGAAGGCAGCAGAUCCCCCUGAGCUGGAAUAUCAAGAAGCUGUUAGCAAGAGCACCUUCCAGCAGCUGGUGAGUGACCUGGAACCUUCAACGAGCUACAGCUUCUACAUCAAGGCCUACACUCCCCGAGGAGCCAGCUUGGCCUCUGUCCCCACCCUGGCCAGCACUCUGGGAGAGGUUCCUGCCCCACCACCACUCUCUAUCCGGGUUCUGAGUAGCAACUCUGUCCAGUUACAAUGGGAGCUGCCCCCCAAGCUGACACAGCACGACGGUGGUUUCAAGGUUUUUUACCGCCCAGCAAGUCAAGCACUCUUCACCGGUCCCAUUGUACUGCCAGGAACUCUCACAGCCUACAACAUCACCCAGCUGGAUCCAACUGAGGUGUAUGAAGUGAAGCUUCUGGCCUCCAACCAACACGGGGAUGGCAAUGCCACUGUCCGAUUUGUGUCUCUGAGGGGAGCCUCUGAGAGGACAGCACUGGGCCCCCCCUGUGACUGCAGGAAAGAUGAGACGAGUAAUAAGACUUCCGCCACAGGCAUCAUCAUCGGCAUCCACAUUGGAGUCACCUGCAUCAUUUUUUGUGUCCUCUUCCUUAUGUUUGGCUACAGGGGCAGGCUCCUUCAAUGUAAGGAUAUGGAGGAUCAACUAUCCCCACCCCAGGGGCCCCGGACCCAGAGAGACAUAGGCAUUUUGGCUCUGAAUGGAAUGGGCCAAGGAGACCAAGGCCAGCUCAAUGGGGAUGAGAAGCGUCUGGAUCUGAAUGAACUGGAGCAGCUAUUUCCACACUCUCUGGGUUCAAGGCAGCAGGGCAGCAGGCUUAUGCUGGACCCUGGAUCCCCAGCCCCAUGUGAUGAGACCCAGCUCUCCACUCUCCCACCUGAUGAACUCAGCAUACUGGAAGAACAGAUAACUGAGAUGGCCUGUUUGGCUGCAGGCAUCCCACCCCAAAGGGAUGGAGCCCCCAGCCCCAGUCCCACCAAUGAAGGAUAGUUUGCCAAGUCUCACCAUACCCCCUCCGAGAUGCCGCAGCUGGCCGCAUUUGGACAAUAGCCAGUGUUGGUCAGGCUCUGGAUGGUGACUUCUUAAAUCUCAGGUCAAAGGAAUGAUUUCUUCUAUCAAGCUGUGUCUGACCAGAGCCUCCAAAGGCAUUCCCCAGUCUUGUCUGGGCUGGAGGCCACUGCUAGGGAAUAUACCCUCUUUUCCUUCAGGUCAUUUAGGCCUGAUCCUCCUGCAAGAGAUGCUUCCACGGGAGUAAUGUGGAGAGGGAGUCUCCCCUGGCAAUCCUUGUGGCCAGCUCCCUGAUACUUCUCAUGACUCGGGAUUAAUUUUCUUAAAAAAAAAACAAACUAAAAAGAGAGAGAGAGAGAGAGAGAGAGAGAGAGAAGAGAGAGAGAGAGAGAGAGAGAGAGAGAGAGAGAAAGGAAGGUGAAUCCUUCUAAUGUGACUGUAAAAAUAAUGCUCCCUCCUCCUUCCCUCAUCAUCCUUAGCCCUGGCUGGGUCCCUCUUAUACUGUUGUCCUCCCAACUGACUCCGUCCCACCCUGGCCAAGUGGCUCUGUUCACUUCCUCUUUUCUCAGGAUGGUUUUUGGCUGUGUUGACUCUUGACUUCAAAGUGUCGGAGGCACCUCAGCACCUACCUCAGCCGGAAUGAAUGUCCUUGGGGGAGGGGAGGUCCAAGGACCCACCCCUCCAACCCCAUAGAGCCCUAUAGGAGCUUGGUCCUUGCUCUAUCCUACCUCAGGUCCUGGCUUUGGGCCCCCAAGCUCCCGGGCCUCAUUUAGUCCAGAUAUAAAGAGAAAAAAAAAAGCACUUCUAGGCGCAAAAGCAAAAUUUUUUCUACCUCAAGGUUCACUCCAGGUCACUUGUUUGUGUCUCUGGGCCUCCUGUCCUCCUUCGGUCUUCUUCCUCCCUUCUUCUGCCUCCAAUCGAGCCAUCCUCGCUAAAGAAGGCUCCCUGGAUCUGCUGUGAGAGGAGAAAGGGGAGAUGGAGUUGUCUAUCCCAUAGAGACGCUAUCCCUUUCCCACUCGUCCUCUACCCCACCCCUGUCCUUGCAUAAAGACUUUUUUUUUAAAGAAAGAAUUUGAAAAAGGAAAAAAUAUGAACCUGAAAACCCUGGUGACAAAUUCUCAUGGUUAUCUCCCCCACCGCAAUGAACCAUCUCCUACCCUCAAAGUCAUCCUCAAUCAUUGCCACUCCUAGAUACUCCCCUCUCUUUCAUCUAGUUUCCAAACUCAUUUGCCUCCGUUCCAUUACAAUUGCACAUCCAUCCUAUCUCUAGACUCCUCCACUGAUCUCUAUCUCAGCCCCUAACCAACUCACCGCACUCCACUUUUAUCCCCAUACCCAGUCCUGACCCCACUUCUACCUUAUCCCUACAGUCUCCCCCUGGCCCAGCUCCCACCGUGGUACUUCUCCCCCAUCUCCAUUUGCUCACAUCCAGGCAUGGAUCCCAGUGAUUGGAGGUAGAUGGAGUAGACACCCUAGAAUGUACUAUGAUUGCGAUGAGUGUGUGUGUGGGGGGUGUUAAUGUACAUGCCUAGGCAAAGACCCCCUGAGGCACUAGCUAGGCCUCCCCACCCUGCCCCACCUGGGCAGUUGGCAUGGCCUCCAUUGCCAGAUAUUGGGCUGAAGCUAUUUUUAAAUGGUGGCAUGGCCAAGGUUUAAAUUUUCAUGGUCUGUUUGGGUUUUGUUUGGUUUUGUUUGUGAUUGCUCAAUGAACAGAAGUGAGAAGAAAUAAAUUAACUAUUUUUGAUUAAGCACAGAAACAUUUUAAUAGCAAAAAAGUAACCCCACCCUUUUAAAAUGUACCCCUCAAAUAUGAAAGAUUAGACUAUUAGGGUCCUGUCCUCCAACCCUACCCCUUUCCCUCAUUAGCUAAUUAGGUUAAAGAACUGUGGUGUUGUAAUAGCAGUAGGGUUGUAUAUCCAUGGGGAUUCAAUGGGUAAUACAGUGACAAAGAUGUUCCCCUUCCCCAGAGGCUCUGUUGGCAAGUAGGGGUUCUCAGAGCAUCCUGGUCUCAUUGACCAGCCAAGUCAAGGAGGCUGGAGGGUUGGGUCCACUGGAGACCACUUCAUCACAAAAAUUUUUAUCUUUCCUUCCACCUUCAAUCCCUGUUUCUAUCCUUCCUGGGGUGAUAGAGCAGAAAUAGAGGGUACUGGAGAGGGAGUAGGGAGAGAAGGAAGGGGGAGCCGGAGCCCUGGGCUACCUAGGAAUUUCUUGCUGUCUGCUCUGUCUGACUGAAUAAAGUCCUG